AUGGCUAGACGCUCGUCCACUGGGAUGAACGACAGUACACAACAACAACACUACUUCGCGACGGUGUCUCUCUCCCACCACAAAUCCAACACCGAAUUUGCGCUCGGACGAAUCUUGUCGCUAAUGCGAUGCUCCUUCUGGAAGGCGAAGCGCUCGUCAGAGGAAGAUAAACCUUUUAUAUAUUCAUGUUUUUGUUUAUUUUUAGGUGAAGUACAUUCAUGUCGUAACUAUUGCUUCCGUGCCUCGAAACCUGUGAUACUAAAAAUGAUAGCCAAUAUAUGCCUCAAUAUAUACGAAUUACUCAAAGACUUAUUUGUCUCACUACCAAAGACUGAUGAGCAAUGGCAAAAUGUGGCUAACGAGUUUCAACGCAAGCACUGCAUGCCAAAUUGUGCCGGUCAUCUGGCUAUGCAACAAAUCAGAUUCCAUUCUUCAUCACGUGCCGAGGAACAAAUUGACUUUAUUAACAAACAACCACUCAUCUUCACAUCUAUUGUAGAUAGUAAUAAUAAUUUCCUGUAUACUGAUAUUGAAAAGACUCAAGCGGGAGCUAUCGAUGAAAUUUAUGAAAAAUCCACAAUUAGACAGAUGAUUGAAACUUAUGAAGUAAAACUGCCAGUUAGUUAUGAAGCACAGGAUGGCAGUAUUGAUCAAUCCUAUUAUUUUGCAAGCAAAUGUGGCCUGCCUCUGAAGCCCUAUCUGCUGAGCGGAGCCGCUGAUGUGCCAAAUGACUCACGAGUUAAUUACAAUAAUAUCAUGAAUAUGGUUAACAGACAUACCGAAAACGCGUUACGUAUGCUAGCCAACAUAUUUCCCAUAUUGUCGCAACCCUUGCGCAUAGAUGAGGAGAACGGACGUAAAAUAAUACUCGGUUGUGUGGCCUUGUAUAACUUUCUGCGAAAGACAGACCGCACAUUCUAUAAACAAACUGAAAAGAUCACAUUGAAAAAUGAUUGGGUGGAUGAUGAUUGCAUAUUGAUUGCAAGUGAAGAGGAGCACGGUGAUAGUGAGGAACUCUCACCAAAAGUUACACUGACCAGUUGUUUUCAAAACCUGCACACACAAAAGGGAGAUUCACUAGAGGGCGCAGCUAAACGGGACUAUGUUAUAAAACGAUUAAGCGAAGCAUAUGCAAAGCCACAAUAAGCUGAUGAUACCUUAGAAACAUUAAACAUACUACUAAUAAUGUGUAUGAGAGAAUGCAAACUGCGACAAAAUGUGAUGCGACUGUAGAAAGAAAAAACGGCAUGAGAUUAUUUCUGUAGCUUCUGUCUUAAUUUAAUAUGCAGCUUCGUUGUUAGGAGUCAACUAUGAAUUACAUGAUAUACAUAUACUAGUAGCUCGAAUUUAAGUGUGUAAUAUACGAGAAUAUUGUAAAACGUGAAUACGUGGAGCUGCAGCAUAUGUUACGUUUGUACAUAGUUGCCAUUUGAAUGUAUCUACCUUUAUAUUUAUUAUAUAAGCAGGCACUUUUAUUUUUAACAAUU